ACAGCCAUUAUGUGACGUCAUUAUGGCCUGGUUGGGUUAGGUUUGCUUGGAAAUUUUUGUUAAAAAUCUUGUAUUUUAGUGUAUUAUAUGUUGUGCUACUUAUUUUAGAAUAGUAAUAUAAAUACCUCAAAUAGUAGCAGUAAUCCUGGUGCCAAGGUGUUGCGGCGACAUUUUGUGGCGAAAAUGAAUCGCCAUGAAGGAGUCAGCUGUGAUUCUUGUUUGAAAAAUAAUUUUAGAGGACGACGAUAUAAAUGUUUGAUAUGCAUCGACUACGACUUAUGUGCCGCUUGUUAUGAGUCUGGCGCUACAACAAACCAACACACAACAGAGCAUGCCAUGCAAUGUAUUCUAUCCAGAAGUGAUUUUGACCUAUACUACGGCGGCGAGAGCCUGACACUGGAACAGCCACAAGCCUACACAUGUCCAUUCUGCAACCGUAUGGGGAUGACUGACACAGCGCUUAUAGAACAUGUUACUGCGGAACAUGCUGACACAACUCAGGCUGUGGUAUGUCCUGUGUGCGCUUCAUUGCCUGGUGGGGAGCCGAACUUUGUAACUGAUGACUUUCCUGGCCAUCUGACUCUUGAACACCGAACGGGACCAAGGGAUCUCAUUUCAUUUUUGGAUGAGCCAAGCGGCAUCCGGCACGGCGGAGUACGUCGCAUGCCGCCCUCGGGGCGUGGGGUGAGCCGAGCGCGUCGCACCAAUAUGCACUUCAGCACGUCCGGCGGGAUCGCGGCGCUGUCGCCGUCGUCGCGCGACGCUGUGGUGGACCCCAUCGCGGAGCUGCUGUCACAGCUGUCGGGCGUGCGGCGGGGCGCCCAGCCCGGCACGCCCAGCCAACUUCAACAACUGCAGAUGCAACUGCAACUAGAGCGGCAACAGGCCACGGCGGCCCGCCAGCAGCUGGAGCGACUCCCGCGCAGACCCGCCGCCGCGUCGUCGAGCAGCGCCAGCGCUCCGCCCCCCGCACUCCAGCCGGCCUCCCAGCCGCCGCAGCAGCCCGAGGCGCCCGACUCCCAGUUCCUCCUCGCCGGCUUCCUUGGCGCGACGAGCGGCACGGACAGCGCGGAGACGGAGAGCCGCGCGGCGCUGCUGCGCGGGCUCAUGCUGGCGUCGCUGGGCCGCGCGCCGCCCGCGCCCCGCCCCCCGCCCCUGUGCGCCGCGCCCGCACCCGACCCCGCGCCCGCGCCCGCACCGCCGCCCGCACAGCCACCGCCGCGCGCCAAGCCGCAGCCGCGCACCAAGGUGCCCGCGCCGCCCGACCCGCCCGCCGUGCCCACGCGCCCGCGCCCCGUCUGA